AUAUAAAUAGACAGCGAAUUGCGAUUAUUUGAGAAAAGUACAGAUCACCGUAAUAUAGGCAUGCCUUAAAAUGGGGUCUUACUACGAAGCUUGUACUUUGUCAGGUGACGUGUUUAUCAGCUUCACAAUUAUAGCGACAUUGGUGACAUUUUUCUGGCGCGGAACAUGGGAUAUGCUAGAUGCAUUCUUAAUUCCAACAAACUAUGCACUUAGCCUGUGGGUAUCGUUUGUUGGCGGCAGUUUCCUGCACAUGAUUCUGGCAAUUCUUCAAAACACCUUAAACGUGACAUUUACUCCUGAAAAACUUUCUUCGUUUGGAUUCUGUGUUGUGUCCAGACUACAUGCAUACCUUGCAGCUUUUUUACAGGUUUGUCAAUGGCGGGGGUUCUGGGGUCUGCUGGAUAUUUAUGGGAUUGCAAAUUGGAUUACUUUGUUGCUGCCAAUCCUCGUUCUAUCUGUCCUCGGAAGUAUGAGCCAAACCACCGGACCACCAUUGGCAGUCGUACAUGAUUUGGACCAACAGGACUAUUUCACAGUUGCCCCAAUUAUCGACACGGAUUGUCGUCCAGGAUGGUUAGCAAUCCUGUCUGGGGCGUCGUUUUAUGUUCUCCUCAUCACCAACCUAGGUAUAGCUUACUGGCGUGGUGUCUGGAGCGUACUGGAUGUUCAUGUGUUUCCAGAAGACUUAGUACGGUCGGCUGCGUUUUCCCUUGCAUUGAGUAUCUUUUUGGCUUUGCCUAUUCUCACUGGUGAGCAGUAUAUCCGAGAAUUCUGCCGGAAUAAGUACAGAAAUCGCAUUGUUCGGACAUUUGUGGAAAAAGCCUACAUCACGGUUGCCUCCCUUGUUGCCAUAAACCAUUGGCGUGGUGUUUGGUACAUUCAGAUAUCAUUCCUUCUCCCCGACAAUCCGCAUAUGAGCGCCAUUAUCUCACAUUUUGUUGGAAUCGCGGGAUUAAUGACGUUGUUUGUUUCCAGAACUGCAGCAGGUGUUAAUAGUUUUGAUGACAGAGACAUCUACGGGGGUAAACCAGGUUUGUUUACUCUAGCAUACACUAGCAGAAUAUGUAAACUAAAAGAUGAUAAUUCAAGUUACAUUGUACCGGUAAGUGUAUGAAUAUGUACAUAUUGAUAAGUAUGUUCGCCUUGAUAUAUAUGUAAGUGACAUGUAAGGAUAGAUGAAUGUGAUAAGGAUGGAUAUUACUUAUAUACUUAUUUAUAUCUUUGUAAAAUACCAUAUAUAC